UUGUAUGCCGGAAUCAGGCAGUUGAUGUGGGCAGCCCCGGCGUGUCUGUCAUCUCUCCAUUCACUUUCCUAGUGAACCACACCGGCUAUUCAGCAACAGGAGAACCCCGGCUCCCAAAUGGGGCAGUUAAAACACAGAUAAACCGAUUAUUUAAGCUUUCACCGGGUUUAUUUUAAGUGGCCUAGCAGUGUGUGGCCAUGGGUGACACAGAGCUGGAGAUCUCCCCUGCCCAGCUUGAGGAGCUACAGAAGAGCCCAUCUGCUUCCUCUACCUCCACCACCUCCUCGCUGUCCCUGCCCUCGUCUCCUUCCUCUGGCCCUCGUCCCAGCUCCAGCCCGAGCACCAGUGAAGGCCUGCCCACCUCCAGCCCCCCUCUAGAUGUCAUAUCCGAGGGAGUGGGCGAACCCAUCCUGGUCAUCGAUACUGAGGUGGCUAAGAAAGCCUGCCAGGAGGUGCUUCAAAAGGUGAAGUUCCUAAAGGCCGAUGGAGAGGUAUCUUCAGCCAGCUCAGAACCAGUUUUGGUGAAUGGUACAUCACACCCUGAGUCCACCAAUGGAAGAAAACCUCCCAAGAUCAGCGAGGAGGAAGCAGAGCCUCUGAAGAAUGUGCGGUGCCGUCAAAAGAACAACUCAUCUAAGCAGUCCUUGCUCUUGCGUCUCUUUGAGUCCAAGCUGUUUGACAUCUCCAUGGCCAUCUCCUAUCUUUAUAAUUCCAAGGAGCCUGGCGUGCAAGCCUACAUUGGCAAUCGACUCUUUAGCUUCCGGAACGAAGACGUUGACUUCUAUUUGCCCCAGUUGCUCAAUAUGUACAUCCACAUGGAUGAGGAUGUGGGUGAUGCCAUCAAGCCCUAUGUGGUGCACCGCUGCCGGCAAAGCAUCAGUUUCUCCCUGCAGUGCGCCUGGCUGCUGGGGGCCUACUCUUCUGACAUGCACAUCUCCACGCAGCGCCACUCCCGUGGCACCAAACUGCGUAAACUCAUCCUGUCAGAUGAACUCAAGCCCUCCAGCCAGCGCAUCCGCAGGGAGAUGCCACAGCCUCCCCCUUCCUGCCCCCCACCCCUCCAUCACUGUCAGGGCAUGAGCGGACACAGCCUCUCACCCUCCAAACGCACUCACCAACGCUCCAAAUCAGAUGCCACCCUCAGUAUCAGCCUCAGCAGCAACCUGAAGAGAACUGCCAGCAAUCCUAAAGUAGAGGCCUGCCAGGAUGAGGAUCUGAGCUCCAGCUCCGACAGUCUCGAGCUAGAGGCUGGUACACCUGUGCGGCUGACCCCUCAGAGGGAGUUCAUUAAGUCUCUAAUGGGGAUCGGGAAGAGACUGGCCACUCUGCCCACUAAAGAACAGAAGACCCAGAGGCUCAUCUCAGAGCUGUCCCUACUCAACCACAAGCUGCCUGCCCGGGUCUGGCUGUCCACGGCUGCUUUUGACCACCACGUGGUGCGUGUGCCCCACACACAGGCCGUCGUGCUCAACUCGAAGGAUAAGGCACCUUACUUAAUCUACGUAGAAGUUCUGGAAUGUGAGAACUUUGAGACGUCGAGUGUUCCAGUGAGAAUCCCGGAAACACGGAUUCGCAGCACGCGAUCCGUAGAGAAUCUUCCCGAUUGUGGCAUCACGCCCGACCAGCGUGCCAGCAGCUUCUCCACAGUUCCCAAUUAUGACAACGAUGACGAGGCAUGGUCUGUGGAUGACAUCGGAGAGCUUCAAGUGGAGUUUCCAGAGAUCCACACCAACAGUUGUGACAACAUUUCCCAGUUCUCAGUAGAUAGCAUCACCAGUCAGGAGAGCAAGGAACCUAUUUUUAUUGCAGCUGGAGAUAUCAGACGACGCCUGUCCGAGCAACUCGCCCACACCCCCACCACAUUUAAGAGGGACCCAGAGGAUCCCUCAGCCGUAGCCUUAAAGGAACCAUGGGAGGAGAAAGUCAGACGGAUAAGGGAGGGCUCCCCCUAUGGCCACCUGCCCUACUGGCGUCUUCUGUCUGUUAUUGUGAAAUGUGGCGAUGACCUGAGACAGGAGCUUCUCGCCUAUCAAGUGCUGAAACAGCUACAGAUUAUCUGGGAACAAGAACGGGUUCCCUUGUGGAUCAAACCAUACAAGAUCCUGGUCAUCUCCUCAGACAGUGGUAUGAUUGAGCCGGUGGUCAACGCUGUGUCCAUUCACCAGGUGAAGAAACAGAGUCAGCUUUCAUUGCUCGACUACUUCCGGCAAGAGCAUGGGGACUUCAAUACAGAGGAGUUCCUUACCGCUCAGCGCAACUUUGUUCAGAGCUGCGCUGGCUACUGUCUCAUCUGCUAUCUGCUGCAGGUCAAGGACAGGCACAAUGGAAAUAUCCUGCUAGACUCUGAGGGCCACAUCAUUCACAUCGACUUCGGCUUCAUCCUUUCCAGCUCUCCACGUAACCUGGGCUUCGAGACAUCUGCCUUUAAACUAACCAGUGAAUUUGUUGAUGUAAUGGGAGGUCUGGAUGGAGACAUGUUCAAUUAUUAUAAGAUGCUUAUGCUCCAAGGCCUAAUCGCUGCACGCAAGCACAUGGAGAAGGUCAUCCAGAUUGUAGAAAUCAUGCACCAAGGUUCUCAGCUUCCCUGCUUCCACGGCUCCAGCACCAUCCGUAACCUGAAGGAGCGUUUCCACAUGAACCUGACGGAGGAGCAGCUGCAGGUGUUGGUGGAGCAGAUGGUGGACGGCUCCAUGCGUUCCAUCACUACCAAGCUGUACGACGGCUUUCAGUAUCUCACCAACGGCAUCAUGUGAGAGGUGGCCAGGGAGCACACUGACUAGAGCGCUAAAACUAAAAAAAAAAACACUGCACCGCUUUAAAAACCACUCCUAAUGCCCGCUUCCCAAAACCUACCUUCAGACUGAUAAAAUAUGGAUUUUUUUUUUUUACACCCUGACUGAAGAGGUCUUGAGCUGUGAAGUAACUGUUUGUCGUCUUUUUACAACAUCCUUUCCUUUUGUUUAAACCCUCCCUUUUUUGUCACGACAUCUCGCAGUGCUCUGGAUACCCAGAGUUGAGUUUUAUCCAGCUUUCCAGUGCCUCAUUUAAACACUACGCUGCUCUGUGACCCACCUGUGUGACUGACUUCAACACCCCAUAUUAUCAUCAUCAGAGUUUUUUGUUUCUUAACCAGUAAUGAUAUCAGAAUUUCAACACGCACUCAUACAGCAGGGUGAAAACAGGAGAUGCUGUAUCAAAGCCUGUACAUUGCAUUGUGAAAUGAGGGAAUCGGAUGGUAAGCAUUGCUGUAUUGUUCAGAUCUGUGAAGUCAGUGUUACAUGAACUGUUUAAGAGAUCUUCAGCUCAGUGCCGCACAAGUAAGAGACCGUUAAGCCAUGAAACGUUUGCUUAAAGUGUUCUCAUUUGACCUGGUAAACCGUGAUUGGGUUAAUGAAGCUUUUUAAUUCAAUAUGGAUGUGUUAAACGUCAAAACACCAAAGACACAGAUCAGUGACUCCACUAAUCAAAUGAGAGGUUUAAUCUUCAAAUACAUGUAAAAGGUGACAUAAAAUAAUUAGGACUUAAUUCAAAUAACCUGGUCUGUUUUCUAGGUCAGAAUAAACGUAUAAAGAAACUAUUUUGAGUUUCCAAAGGUCUGGACUGAAAUAUGGUGGACUGAGAGAUAUGAACACUAUUUAUUGCCCUUUUAGAGAUAUUUCAUAUAAUGACACUUACGGAAAUACACUCUCAACGCUCUCUGUGGAUUUCAUUUCAUUUUGUCAUUUUGUUUAGCACGUUAUAAUCCUAUUUGUGCUAGUUUGUACUGCUUUCCUGAAUUUAUAAUGUGCAUUUUUACAGCUUAUCUCAAUCUGAGGUGUGCAGCCAUGUAUAAAUGUGUGACUGUGUGCACUGGAGGUUUUUUUUUUUUAUCGAGAGGAGGUGUUCAGAAUCUGUUGCACAGGAGAAACGGAAAGGGCUAUGAAAAAGUGAGCGAAAUCAGCACAUUAAAUCAACACAGUCUUUCUUUGUUUUUAUUUCCUACACAAUGUACAGGUAUAAAAUUCCCUGCCUAAAAUGUCUAGUUUUUUAUUAUUAUUUUUUCUUUUGUUUUCGUAGAACUUGGGCAUGUGUUGAGCCUCGUCUUAUUUCCCUGUGAUAUCAGUUCUUGUCUUAACAGUUUUAAUAGAUUCUCUUAGCGGGAGCCACAAUUUCUUUCCAUUUUUUGCCUGAGCGAGGGCAGUUUAGACGUUGUGUAUGUUUUCAACAAGCUUAUCUUUUCUCUUUUAUACUUCUAUUGUUUCAGCAUCAAACUUCUUUUUUUUUUACUUGUAAAACGGACCAGCUUUUACGAUCAUGUGAAUAACCUUCCUUGUGAAUGUUGCUUUGUAUAAUAAAUUAAAUGUUCCCGUUCCACAA